AUGUACACGGGCUCCCAGGACAUCACCAGGACCCGGAUCGGCGAGGAUGGGGACCUGGAUGAGGCAGCGCUGGUAGGCCUGCUGCGGGUGGUGAUCGGCGUGGAAGACCUUACCCGGGCAGUGCUCCCCCGGGAACAGCUGGCGCUCUGCACCGACCCGAACCGGGUGGCGCUGCAAGCGACGCUACCCGAGUUUGACACCCAGGACGAGGCGACCGGCGGCGCGCCAAGGACCGGCGAUGGGGACGCCACUAGUGGCAAUCCGCAGGCGAGCGGCAGGGGGGCCACGGGCGGCCGGCCGCAGACUGACGGCGGGGGCGCCGCGGGUGGCAAGCAGCAGGCCGACCGUGGGGCUGCCGCAGGCAGCAACCAUCAAGUCAGCAGAAGGGGCGCCGCCGGUAGUGGAGCGGCGGCGGCGCCGGGGGACAAAGGAAAUCGCCCCUGGACGUUCGUGCCCCAGCCGUCGUCCUCGUCCUCGCCGUCGCCUCCACGGCAACGGUGUAGGCGGGCGGCGCGAAGGAGGGAGGCCGGGGCUUCCAGUUGUCCGGUGCAGAGUCUGCGACGGAGGUGA